GUGUCCUGGCAUGUGACGAUGGAGGAGGAGGGUGGUGGGUGGAGGGGAGGGGGGGUGAAGCAAGCAAAGCAAAGCAAAGCAAAGCUAGGAGCAACAAGGAGAGAGUCGGAGACGGAUUGUCAGUUAACUAUGCCUAUCUGCAUGUCAUAUGGCAGGGGUAAAAAGUGUCCACGCUGCUUUUCUCUUGAGUGGAGCUCAGCGGUUUGUCAGAUCGGUGUUUACAACACGACGGCCUGAAUCAGUAUAAAGUUUAUGUUAGCAAACUGGCGUUAGCUCGUGCUGCUAGCUGACUCCUGCUGGUGACUUCAGACAACUUGUCAACAGCCGAUCGAUCCGGGGACCAGACUCGGGACUGUCUUUGCCGCUCGCUUAUGUCGCCUGCUGUGAAUUAAUCAUAGCGAAAAGUCCUCCGAACCAGCCGCAGUAUUUCGAGAGGUAAGCUACCUUGGCACGCGAGCUAACGUUAUUUAAGGGCACGCACGAGAAUGUGGGUCAGCCACGCUAACGGCUAGUUCAGUCAACACUCAAGGUUAGGUGCUAGCUAACUAGCCAAGUUAGCUAGCAGUGCUGACACACUUCGACGGCCAAAGCAACUCUUGUAUAUUUAGUGCAUCGUUUUUCUGUAUCGAGACAGUGCUUGAAAAGAGACAUGCUUGGAACUAAGUCGUCAUUUCAUGUCCCAAACGCUGGUAUCCAGUUACCGUCCUGUCGUUGACUCACUCAAUUCAGUUAUAUUAGCAGAUAUUUCCGAGAAACCAGUGUGACAGGUUGACUGGUGGACAAGUCUUAACAGUCCUGAUGUGAGGAGCUCUUUCUCCACAGAACCCUGUGAAAAGAAACUCUUCGUCACGCUUUAGGAUGUUAUGCCAUGCUAGUAUUAACUUUGACAACAUCUAUUAUCGUCUUAUAAAUGGAUACUGUGGUUGUUGGUCCGGGCGCAGCAGCUACAUACAUGGGCGGAUUAAUCCACUAGGGGGCCGCGGGGCAAAUAUGCAACCCCCCACCCCAAAGCCCUCUCCCCCUACUGCCUGCACCAGCGAUCAACAGAGCUCAGUGUGUACAUAGUGCAUGCACCCUGUCCCCUUAAUGCUCCCACCGAGUACACUGUGCACCCUAGUGUGAUACUCAGGCAAACAAUAAUACAGAUGUCUCCCAGCUCCAGUAGAGACAAAGUUUACUGUUUAUAAGAUAGCAAAGAACAGACUGAAAUGUUGAAGGGAGAUAUUCAGACCUCAAACCAUGUCUGCUUUAGGAAUCCAGUCAAACCUUGUCAUUAUUAAUGUUUAGGCCUAGUUUCAAUGUAGACCAUAGUGUUAUUGUGACAUACUCUUGUGGGAAAGCUAAAAAUCGGUGAGCAACAAAGACAUGACCAAAAGAAUUUGACACACAGUUUAUGCUUUUGCACCUGCCUUCAUCUGUCAGCUGAUAAGGCCAUAAAUAAAUACUCCUGACCUGUUUUAUUUAAUUAAUUUUUGUCAUAUUUAUAAUAAGUCUUUCUUAUUAACAUGUUCUAUAAGAGAUUUUUUGGCAUAUUGACCAUCUUAGUGUUUUGUUGCAAGUUUGUUUUCAUGCCAAGUUAAUGGCAUUCAUGUUUCUUAAUGGUCUGGGGCCCCCGCUUGUCUUUUCACUUGCCUUGCGUGUAAUCCAGGCAUGCCUUCAUGGCGUGUGCAUAUCAUGUCAUAAGCCUAUUACUAUCAAAGGCAUUCCCUGGCUGCUGAAAACACAACCAGUAGUUGUAGGUUGACUGGGUUGAAAGGAAAUCUAUAUAAACGGUGUCAAAGAUUAUCUAAAUCGAAUUAGCUCAUUUUUGGGGUGUGCAAAUAGUAAAAGUCUGAAUAGCCAAGUAUUUAAUGUAACUUUUAAUCAAUAUACUUGUAUUAAGUUGACAGGUAGUUACUAUAAGUGAACUGUUGUAAGUGAACCUCUCACAUACUGGAUUUUUUGAGGAAAGUUAAUGAUUGUAGAUUGUUCUGGUAGCAUUGCUCAAAAUAAAAUCCACACUGUUUAUGAAAUAUUGCCAAUUUAAAACUAACCUUUUACAUUCUUCAAUAGUGGAGUUAUGAUGGCAACGUGACAAGAGGGGAGCCGCUGAGUCAGCUUCAACAGCAAAGAUGGAAGGGUUGAAGCAAACUGCAACUGACCAGCAUGACCGCGUGAACGGCCACUCUGAACCUAAAUCCCCCCAAGACACUGACGUAAGGUGGACGCCACCAGAGGGAGAGUCCGGAGGUUCAGAUAGCUGUGGGGGGACAAGUGUGUCGGAACUCACAGACCUCCAAGAGUUGAAGGGCAGGGAGAGUGAGGAGGAGGAGGACAAGGAGGAGUCUGCCUCUAAAGGCUUGAAAGAGGACCAGAAGAAAAAAGAGAAGGGAAGCCCAGAUCAGGAUGAAAACAAUCACAGCAAGCAAAACAGUAGCGCAGCAUCCAGCUACACGGGUAAGACUUGCUUUCAAAAUCCUCUGUCUCAUCUCCAGAGAAAUUGAGCUUUAAAAUAUUUGUUUUAUCAUUCAUGUUUUUUUUCUUUUUUUUAUGCAGACCUAUCCCACACUUCUUCACCUUCGUUAUCAGAGCAGCUGCGUCUUGGCCGUGAAGACAGCACUGGGUCUGGGAUCAGUGUGGAGUGUAAAGUUUGUGGAGACAAGGCCUCUGGUUUCCACUAUGGCGUGCAUGCCUGUGAGGGUUGCAAGGUAAUGCUGUGUUUAAAUAAGGCAGAAAAGCUAAUUUAGAUUACAAAGUUCAAUAAAAGCAUGUCUAAACUGUCCAAGUUGUUGAACCAGUUGCUGUUUCUCACCCAGGGCUUUUUCCGGCGAACUGUGCGGAUGAAACUCGAAUAUGAUCGCUGUGAGCGGUCCUGCAAGAUUCAGAAAAAGAAUCGAAACAAGUGCCAAUAUUGUCGCUUCCAGAAGUGCCUGUCUUUGGGAAUGUCCCAUGAUGGUGAGAUGGAAACAUUUAUCAAAAUGAUAUAGUCACUGUACUGUUGGGAUGAUGGCACAGGAAUCCAAUCUUUUUUUCCCCCCAAAGUGUGUGUAUUACUUACCCAGACAUGUCCAGAAAACAACAUUUAACCAAACCAUAGUGGUGCUGGGAUUUGCUGCUGAAAUGUCUUCUUAAAAUAAGCACUGGGUGUGUGUUUGCGCAGCGAUUCGAUAUGGACGUAUGCCUGAGGCGGAGAGGAAGAAACUAGUUGCAGGCCUCCUUGCAGAGGAACUAAACCAUGGCAAACCAGGUGGCUCUGACCUGAAGACCUUGGCCAAACAAGUCAACACAGCCUACUUGAAGAACCUCAGUAUGACCAAGAAGAGGGCCCGCAGCAUCCUGACGGGCAAAACCAGCAGCACCGCGGUAAGUCCCAGUUCUAGGAAUGAGAGUGAAAUAUAGAAUUGUAACUGACUCUGAUUCAAAGCCUCAUCUGGAAACAUUGAAAAGAACCACUGUAUAAUUCAUAAAAGAUUAUUUUGUAUAUGCCUUAACCUUUUAAGGCCUCACACAAAGUAAAUUCUUCAUUUAUUAAAGUAAGAAUUGGUUAUUAGUGACAGAGUGGUUUUAUCCCCUUUUCAGCCAUUUGUGAUUUACGAUGUGGACACACUCUGGAAGGCAGAAAGCGGUUUGGUAUGGAGCCAGUUGGUUCCGGGUGCUCCCCUGACCAAAGAGAUCGGGGUCCAUGUGUUCUACCGCUGCCAGUGCACUACGGUGGAGACUGUGCGAGAGCUCACAGAGUUUGCCAAGUGCAUUCCAGGGUUUGUGGACCUCUUCCUCAAUGACCAGGCAAGUCUCAGUCUCCUUAGUGUGCCAUAUAAUCAGAGGACAUGUAUGUUUAUUUAGCUCCAGCACUGAUGUAUCACUAUUUUUUGUGCACUCUGCAGGUGACUUUACUGAAAUACGGUGUGCACGAGGCUAUUUUUGCCAUGCUGCCCUCUCUCAUGAACAAGGAUGGGCUGCUGGUGGCCAACGGAAAAGGCUUUGUGACCAGAGAGUUCCUGCGUAGUUUAAGAAAGCCUUUCAAUGAGAUCAUGGAGCCUAAGUUUGAGUUUGCUGUCAAGUUUAAUGCCCUGGAGUUGGAUGACAGUGACCUGGCCCUGUUUGUCGCUGCCAUCAUUCUUUGUGGAGGUGAGACAAAAAAUGUUUCUGUGAAGGUAUGAAAAAUACUGCAUUCGCUGGGUUUUAUAUACAGGCCCAUAAAAGAUUCAUAUAAUCCGGCUUUCUCAAAAGAUGGCACUGCAGGGAAAAACUUAGAGGUUGAGCAUUUUCUCUUUCUAACCUUUGGUUGUAUCAUAUCGGUCAUAAUUGGAGACUGGUUAUAUGCUUGCAAAAUGGAUCAUUUUGACCAGAUGUUUUCAUAGAAGUCUUGCCAGUAUUAUUUUAAAUCUUACUGAUAGACCCUAUUUCAUCCAACCUCCUAAUGUGACUAAUUUUGGGCUCAGGUUACAUGAAUUUAGUCAAUGGUAUUGAUAAGACUGGUUCUGUUUUACUCUUCUACUUAUUAAAUUGAAUAAUUAUAAAACAGGCAUUCUGUUUGGCAUUUAAAAGGUCUUUAAUUUUUGAGAUUUACUUUUUGAACUGUAACAAAUACAGUGUAUAUAUUCAAAGUGACUCAUUAUAUGUUUCACCUUCUUAUUCUUUCAGAUCGUCCUGGGUUGAUGAACGUGAAGCAGGUGGAGCAGAGCCAGGAUAGCAUCCUCCAGGCCCUGGACCUCCACCUACAAGCAAACCACUCUGACUCUGUCUACCUCUUCCCCAAGCUGCUGCAGAAGAUGGCGGACCUCCGUCAGCUGGUUACAGAGAACGUUCACCUCGUCCAAAAGAUCAAAAAGACUGAGUCAGAGACCUCGCUUCACCCUCUAUUACAGGAGAUCUACAAAGACAUGUAUUAGUAUUCAUCAGCACAGACUGCAUUAAGCAAUACUGUUACAGACUAUGUUGACAUUUCUAAUAAUACACUGCAUUCAGUUCAAGCACUGUUCCACGUACAGUACGGGCAUGGAUUUUAACCAGUGCAGGUGAAACAAAGUCACGUGGUAGGGCUAAAACAAUCAGAAAAGUCUUCUCAAUGUCAGCAUUACCCUCAGCACAGCAAUGUGUAUGUAUGUGUGUGUGUGUGUGUGAGUGUGUGUGUGUGUGUGUGAGGUGAGCAUCUGGAAUCAUUUUCUGCAAGUCCUAGUUUCCCACAACGGUCACUUAACAGAGAGAGAAUGGUAUGUUUUCUCACCAAGGCUGCUCCUAUUUCAUCCCAAUAGCAAAACUGACCCCAGAGCAGUGUCAAGAGAGCUUCUCCUCACUCACCUCGGCUCUGUGUUUCCAGUGAAGGGAAAGCAUUUCGUGUUCUGACACCAAUGGCAGAGUUGAUUCUGAAACAAGUUUCAAUUUAUACUGUGCAAAAGUUUCUUCUAAUGCCUUUGGUAGGAUGAUUGUUUUCUGAAGUUUUGUAAAGCUCAAGAUGCACAAUUUCGGUUUUUGUUUACAUCAUCAUAAUCAUCAUUGUCGUCAUCAUCACUAAUAUCAGUGACCGCUACUUUGCCGUCUGGUUUCUAGAACACAACCUGGGCUGGCUCCAGCAGUGUAGAGCUCUCUCAAAGCAGCUGUCUGUGCAAUACCCUUUUUCCAUGUGUCAAUAAAUGUGGAGGUCCAAGUUACAUAGGUUUUGUCUUAAAGCCAUAUACCUAAGUGGUAACUUAAUAUGGACUAUGCUGCACAGAAUUUGUUUCUGAAGCUGACACUAUAAACACAUGACUCACUGAAGUACAAGGGACCGCAUGUUCUUUUCUUUAUGUUGACAUGCAAUCGAUCAUACACUUGCCAUUUUAUGGUUUUUCUUAGUUUAUUUGUAAUUAUGUUACUAAUUAUUUGUAAUUGUUGAUCGUAUUUGUUAGGACAAAACAUGAAUUAUCAUCUUGUUUUAUGUAUUGAGUAUAUCUGUCUUUUGUAUUACAUGCCUGCCUAUUUAGUUUAGGUUGUACCAAAUAUAUCAUUAAGCACACCAACAAAUUGUUCCCUGACAUAAGGAAUUUCGGUUGGGCGCCUUAGCAGGAUUGACACAAACCAGCAUACUGUACCACAAUGCCAUAAAACUGAUGAGUAGAAAUUUCAAUGUCGGAUAAUAUAAUUUUUCUGUAUUUACCCAAGAUACAACCAGUCCUAUUUUCACACCCUCUUUGUGUGCAGUCUGAGAGGCACAACAUGUAACAGCCUUACAUCAGUGUGGCCAGGAUUGAUGUUUCUGGCUGUUUUCCACUUUCUGUACUGCUUCUGGGUUUUUUUUUUCUUUCACUGUACUUGUUCUGAAUGGACUUCAAUAUGUCAGCACUGGUGCACACAGUCCUCUCUCCUCUUGUGCUCUUAUCCUGUCUCAAUCCCUAUCUACCUCUAAUGUAUGAUCUCUGACAUUAUUCCACUGUCCCAUCUUAUCUCUGACUGUUUAUUUGCCUUAAUUCCUGCUUUUGGUGCAAAUUUGAUAAUGACUGAUGUGCAGUGUGCCAAGUUAGCGAAGAGUGUGGAUGGAUAAAACAAAGUUCACCAAAAAAGUUGUUGAUGUAAGCUACCUCUAUGCCUGUGUAACUGAUGGAUUGACAUUUUUUUCCACAAAAAAAAAAAAAACAUGUUACGACUUGAAUUAAUUGCAUCCUUAUAGUUACCUGUAACCAAUAUGCAGAUCUAGUUUAGUCAUAUCUCACCUAUAAACUUUGAUAGAAACAUUAA